AUGUCUGAUGUUCCUGCCACCGAUUCGACGGAGCUGAAGGCUGGCCACCCGCCAGCAGUGAAGGUCGCGGGAAUGCGCAUCACCCAGAACAAGGUGACCCACCACGACAAGCCAGAGCCCAAGGUCGAGAAGAAGGAAGGCGAGGAGGAGGACGAGGCUGUCGUUGAGGCUCCGCCGAAGGUGGUGCUCUCUGUCUCAGGGGCAAUUGCUCGGGGAGAUCAAGACUUCCCAGCCAGCUCGGUGAAGGCGUUUCACGAGAAGACGCCUACUCCAGCGAACGAGUUUCGCCCGGUCCACAAGAAAAACGCAAUUCAGCAGCCGAAGAAGAUGUGA